GAGAGAGCAAUGUCCAUCUGCUCAACAAACAUCAAUCCCACAUGUUAGAUUUUCUACUCUUUCUCAGAACUUUUUAAAAUCUUCUAUGAACUCUCUCUCUAUCUCUCUCUGCAUGCUUUCUCUCUGUUUGUAUAAAAGCUUCAAGUAGCAUUCUCUCUCUCUCUCUCUCUCAUAUUUGUCUGUGCAUGCUUUCUUCCACUCUCCUCCGUUUCUCUCUCCUGAUCACAUGCCCCUCACGUGCUCCCCACCCCCACCUGCUCAUCUGGGUCUUUGCUCUUUGAAUCCAACUCCCUCUCUUUGAUUCUUUUUCUUGGGUAUUUCUGGUAAGCUUCCCAAGCUUCGAAAUCUUUUUGAUUUGUUGGAUUUUCUGAUGGGGCCCAUGAGAGGUUUCAAGAGGAAGAGGAGGGAGAGGAAGGCUGAAAGAGACGGCAUCUCGUCGUCGUCCGCGUCCCAACAGCAGCCUUCUGCCGAUUGGUGGGAUGAUUUCUCGAGGAGAAUUACAGGGCCCUUGUCACUAUCCAAUGGUCCGGAUAAGUUCGCGUCUGUCUUCAAGGUUUCGAGGAAGACCUUCAACUACAUAUGUUCGCUUGUGAAGGAAGAUCUGAUGGCGAGACAAUCAAGCUUCACCUCUUCAAAUGGCAAGGUGCUGUCCGUGAACGAUCAGGUGGCUGUUGCUCUGAGAAGGUUGAGCUCUGGCGAGUCACUAGUGACCAUAGGAGAAUCAUUUGGCAUGAACCAAUCAACCGUUUCCCAUGUGACUUGGCGAUUUGUGGAAGCGAUGGAAGAAAGAGGGCUUCACCACCUGAGAUGGCCCACCACAGAAGAUGAUAUGAAGGAGAUCAAAUCUAAGUUUGAGAGAAUCCGGGGGCUCCCAAAUUGCUGUGGUGCAAUUGACACAACACACAUCAUGAUGUGUUUGCCAUCAGUGGACCCAUCAAACAAUGUAUGGUUUGAUCGAGAGAAGAACCACAGCAUGCUCUUGCAGGCGAUUGUGGACCCUGAUAUGAGGUUCCGGGAUGUUGUUACUGGGUGGCCUGGCAGCAUGAACGACUCAGAUGUGCUCAGGAACUCUGGAUUUUUCAAACUCUGUGAGAACGGGAAGAGGUUGAAUGGGAAGAAGUUGAAGCUGUCCGAAGGGUCAGAGGUGAGAGAAUACAUAAUCGGAGAUGUUGGUUUUCCUCCGCUUCCUUGGCUCCUCACCCCUUACCAAGGGAAAGACCUUGUGGGGCCCAGAGCCGAAUUCAACAAGAGGCAUUUUGCCACUAGGAUGGUGGCUGGGAGGGCGCUGGCAAGAUUGAAAGAGAUGUGGAAGAUCGUCCAAGGGGUGAUGUGGCGGCCUGACAAGCACAAGCUACCGAGGAUAAUUCUGGUCUGCUGUUUGCUGCACAACAUCAUCAUCGAUAUGGAAGAUGAAGUUCAGGACGAGAUGCCCCUGUCUCACCACCAUGAUGUUGGUUACAGGCAGCAGAUUUGUGAUGACGUCAACAAGGAGAAUGUGUUCUUGAGAGAUAGACUCUCGCAGUACUUGUCAGGCAGAUUGCUGCCACCUUGAAAUGAAUCUGUACGGCCUGUUACUUCUGGUCCCUGGAGAUCGAUCAGCAGUCAAUCGUCCAAACGAUUGAGUUGGGUAACAAAUAGAUUGUUGGGUAACUGUUUUUUAAGGAAACUGUUUGAUGAUUUUGUGGGAGGGGGACAGUUGAGAUGUGAUCUCCUCUGCAUGUAUAGAAUUCAACGGCGGCAUUGGCUUCGUGCAGUUGAAAAGGCAAUGGCUUCGAGAAAUGAGAUGUAACCUCUAUGGAAUUGCUUUAUAUAUUCAAGUAAUUCUUGGCCA